GAAGUACCUCUCCUGCGAGGGUCCCUGCGACAUCGCGACGGACCUCGACUUCUGCACACGCAAUGUCUCCACACUGUCCGUGCAGGGCACCUGGGAGCCAGCUGGGGCACUGCGGCACGGUGGCUGGCAGGCAGGCUGUCUCGAGGGAGUGGCUUUGGCCCACAACCAAACUUCCAUGCGUCUGACGCUGCACUUCGAUGAGUCUCCCGUGAAGGUCCGCGUGUUCAUGAACGGCACCCUGGCACCCUACGGAGAGUUGCGGCUGGAGGGCAGCUCAAUCUACAUUCCGGGAGAAUGGUUGCACAUCCUCACAGAUGGCUCGGAGUUGCUCUUCGAGUAUUCCGGUGACACUGACGCUGACUGGAGCAUCUGUCUGGUGCAAACUUGCUCCAGCUUCGUGUGCAACGCGAGCUACGUGCCGGAUCCCCUUGCUGUUUGCCAGGGCUUUGCCUGCGACCCCCAGGCGGAUCACGAAGUCUGCUGCAUUAAAGAGCCGCCAGACCAGACAACGUUCCUGGGCCAAGAUUACCUCUCUACCACCAUGGACAUGAGCAUCCCUCCCAGCUACUGGCUCCACGACAUCCUGCGGCGGCUGUACGAGGACGACCGGUCCGAGCUGUUUGCCUGCGUGGCACAGAACGAUCCACGAGGCCUAUUCCGGGACCUCUGCAAAGCCUACGUCGCCAGUGCCAUCAGCGAUGGCUUCAAAACACUACCCACGGGGCCACUAACACUCAAUGCCGACAACGCUGUUGCGGACAUGAUCGCGAAGUUGCAGCAAUUCAAACCACUUCCACAAAUCGUGCUGAUUUGUGCCGACCUGCCAGUCUUUUCCAGCUUCCUGGCCAGGAUCAGUUGA